AUGGCCCUCGGCUACCAUGAAGACUUGUCGACCAAAUACGAAACACCCUCGUUCCUCAUUAAGCUACGAAAGGCGGCAUUUGCUCGAAUCUACUCACUGGAUAAGAACUCAUCUCUUUUUCUCGGUCGCCCACUUCGCUUGAGCAAAAGAUUUUGCCAUUUUCAGCUCCCCGACAGUCGGCUUCCAUUAGACUGCCAAUCACCGUUGCCGGAUGAGCUAGGUCUCUACCAAUGGGAUCCGGACUCUGCGAUGAACUACCGGGCAGAGACUCGCUGGUCAGCCCUCUGUGCCUUUGUCAAAGAAGAUGCCAUAGAGCUCUUAUUUGAUGUUAACCGGUCUGACUGCCGGCAAACCGUUGAGGCGCUUCAAAAGAUAGCAGAUACACAGUGGAACUCACUUCCAGCCCACUUUCGAGUUCAGGAUAGCAUUAGGAACCAUUCAGAUAGUCCAUUUCAACGGGACUUCAUCGCCAGCAUCCGACUCAAUUACUUACACGUGUCCUUCUUACUCCGCCGCCUUGGAUGGGACCGACUCUCUGAGCCCAACGCCCCCCUAAUCGAAGUCGCCAUCGAGAUGCUUAAGCUAGUUGUCGAGCUCGCCAUGUUGCGAGAGGAACUCUCAAACUCGGGCACCAAGCUGUCUUGGAAGAUUGCUCACUAUGGGUUACCCGCCGCGGGCAUCAUAUUGCUGGCCAUGCUCAACCCACACCCGACUCCGCCCUGCCUCCGGACGACACGGAGCAGCGUUCUCCAGGAUCUUACGGUCUUGACCAUGGAGAUUGAGAAAGGUACAGUGGCGAAAGCGGGAGACGCCAACUACGCCCUGCUGACCAAGGCCACUCAAACGAUCCAUCGGUUUCUAGAUUUUACUCUGAGUGACAAAAGGGCUGUACAGCUGACUACGGUUCCCCAGCUGCCGGAGGGGCUCCAGAACGCGGGCACGUGGGAGCAGCAGCUUGGUCAGGACUUCCUGGAAUCCGAAUUGUCCUUCUGGGACAAUAUGGCGGAUCAUCCAUCCCUCUUCAGCCAUUAUCUCUUAACAGAAGACGAAGGACUCGAUGGGCCUUCUCUGCCAGUGACAGUCGCAGGGGGGUCCUGA